AUGAGAUCCUUUAUCCUCACAACACUCCUGCUAGCGCUCACAUGCGCACCCUCUCGCGGCCAAUUCAACUUGCCCUCAUCAGCCGCUGGCAACAAUCGUUUUCCCAGAUAUCCAGCACAAACGAACUCAUUUGGUUCAUCCAAUCCGAAUAGUAUCGAUGCUGGUUUUGCUGGUAGCCGCUAUCCAGUGACACAAUCACUUUCGUCGGGCUCUCCAGGCGCUGGCCUGGGUAAUGCUGGACUUGGCGCUUCACCAGCUUCGUCUCAAGCAGGCAAUCCAAAUGCCCGUAUUUUCGGUCUAUUCGGUGGUGGCGGUCGUGGUGGUGGUCUCUUCAGCAAUUUGCUGGGCGCUCUGACAGGCGGAAACCGUGGUCCCAUUGGAGGCGGUGGUGGUGGUGGUGGUGGUGGCGCAUAUCCAUAUCCCGUGCCUGCGCCUUUUCCCGCAUAUCAACCAUACGGGAUACCUCCACCAUAUGCAGGCGGUUUUGGUUACCCAGGUUUUGGUGGUGGUUUCGGUAAUGGUUACUUUGGUUAG